CGCUUAUAAAGCGCGUACGCGUGGGCUGCGUGUGCUGGUUUGCGGCGAUGCGGUCGGUGUGUGCGGCGCUGUGUGCGGUUCUGCUGCUGCACGCUGUUACAGGUGAGCUCGACCCCCAGCAGGGGGAACCACCGCGCUGCCGUCUGGGCACGGUUCCGUGUAAGGACGGUUCGGACUGCGUGCUGUUUAACCAUGUCUGUGAUGGGGAGAGAGACUGUGCCGACGGCUCUGAUGAAGAGGACUGCACCACAGAGUGCGAGAAAGGCCAGUUCCAAUGUGCACACGGAAAGAUGUGUAUUGAGCAGAGUCAGGUGUGUGACGAUGUGGCUCAGUGCCAGGACCGGUCAGAUGAAUUGGACUGCUUUAAGCCAGCCGAGGGCUGCGGACACAGAUGCGGUAAACUCUGCCUGUCUGAGGUUUUAAUCUGCGAUGGACGGGUGGACUGCGAGGACGGCAGUGACGAGGCCGACUGUGAUGACGAAUCUGAAGCUGAAGAGGUGGAGGAAGUUCAUGCUGUCGGGACUGACCCCCCUGCUGUCCGGCCUCCCCUGCGCUGCCUGUUGGGCUCCUGGGCCUGCAGAGACGGGACCGAGUGCAUUCAGUACACCCACAUAUGUGACGGAGAGGAGGACUGCAGGGACGGCUCAGACGAGCUGGAGUGCGCCGAGGAGUGUGAAGCAGGCCAGUUCCAAUGUGCACACGGAAAGAUGUGUAUUGAGCAGAGUCAGGUGUGUGACGAUGUGGCUCAGUGCCAGGACCGGUCAGAUGAAUUGGACUGCUUUAAGCCAGCCGAGGGCUGCGGACACAGAUGCGGUAAACUCUGCCUGUCUGAGGUUUUAAUCUGCGAUGGACGGGUGGACUGCGAGGACGGCAGUGACGAGGCCGACUGUGGUGAUGAAUCUGUUGAAGCUGAAGAGGUGGAGGAAGUUCAUGCUGUUGGGACUGACCCCCCUGCUGUCCGGCCUCCCCUGCGCUGCCUGUUGGGCUCCUGGGCCUGCAGAGACGGGACCGAGUGCAUUCAUUACACCCACAUAUGUGACGGAGAGGAGGACUGCAGGGACGGCUCAGACGAGCUGGAGUGCGCCGAGGAGUGUGAAGCAGGCCAGUUCCAGUGUGCACACGGAAAGAUGUGUAUUGAGCAGAGUCAGGUGUGUGACGAUGUGGCUCAGUGCCAGGACCGGUCAGAUGAAAUGGGCUGCCUUAAGCUGGGUGAGGACUGCGAACACCAGUGCGGUAAACUCUGCCUACCAGGGUUCUUCAUCUGUGAUGGAUAUCUGGACUGUGAGGACGGCAGCGACGAAGCCAACUGUGGAGGCAGGACCUGCGGCAAUACGGAGUUCCAGUGUGCUAGCGGUCAGUGUGUACCAAUUAGUGGGCGCUGUGAUGGCAUCCCAGACUGCAGGGAUCACUCAGAUGAGAGAAACUGCAGUGACUGGACGGAGUGCCAUGAAGCAAGCUGUGCGGAGUCUCCGGUGCAGUGUGGGCAGUUUCAGUGGCCGUGUGCAUCCAAGACGCAGUGCGUUCCUCAGAGCUGGCGCUGUGACGGCACCAAAGACUGCGCAGACGGGAGCGACGAGGCUGCCUGUGACUCGUCUUGCCCUCCUCAUCAGUUCCAGUGCAGAAGUUCAGAGUGUUUGGACCCCUCUGUCCUCUGUAAUGGAGAAACGGACUGCAUGGAUGGGUCAGAUGAGGGCGGGGCCUGUUCUACUGAUGCAUGCACUGACCAGUCUCAGUGUGCACAUGACUGCUACAGCACACCUACAGGAACGAGUUGCUGGUGCAGGGUGGGCUACAGGCCUGUAGGUGGUGCUGUGGAAUGUGUGGACGUGGACGAGUGUGUGGAGACUCCAGCAGUGUGCGCUCACUCCUGUAUCAACUCUGUUGGGUCCUUCCAGUGUUCCUGUAACCAUGGUUAUCUUUUGGAGCCUGAUGGCCAUACCUGCACAGCCACAGGAGAGUCGUACCUGCUGGCCUCUGUCGAAUCUGAGCUGCUCCUGCUGGACCUGCAGACCUCCACCGUGGAUGUGCUGCUCUCCUCAGAGACGCUGCCUGCUCUGUCUCUGGACUACGACAUGCAGAAAAGGAGUGUGUACUGGGCAGAUGUAGAGGGUGUGAAGUGGAUCACGCUGGACAAGAAGGGCAGAGGAACUCUACUGAAAGGUGUGAGGGCGGGGAGCGUGGCAGUGGACUGGGUGGGUCGAAGCCUGUACUGGAUGGACAGAGUGGACGGUCAGAUAAACGCUGUGGGGCUGGAGGGCUCCGAGCCUGUGGUUAUAAUGUACAAGGACGUGGAGGAGCUGCAGGCGCUGGCUCUGCUGCCUCAGAAAGGGCUGAUGUUCUGGUCAGAAACUGGGGAUGAGGCUCAGAUAGGAAGAGCUGGGAUGGACGGAUCAGACAGACAAGUGCUGGUGCAGGACUCUGUACGCUGGCCUGUGGGUUUGGCUGUGGACUCGCUGAAGGAGCGCCUCUACUGGACGGAUGAGCAACUGCGCUGCAUUGGGUCAGCCACACUAGACGGGGAUGAUGUCAAGUUGCUCCAGAUGAUGGAAACCCCCAGUCCGUUCUCCUUGUCGGUGUUUGGUGACAUGGUUUACUGGUCAGACAUUCACAAAGGAACCAUCCAGAGAGCCCACAAAGUCACAGGCAAACAGCCACAGGUCCUGCUCAACCGCCCUGGACUGCCUCUCGGCCUCAAGGUCUUCCACCCGUUGUUGCAGCCGAGUGUGGCGAACCCAUGUGAGUCAAUGAACUGUUCUCACCUGUGUGUGUUGGCACCUGGUCUGGAAGGUGGUGUGUGCAAGUGUCCGUCUGAACUCGUGCUGGAUGAGGGCGGACUCGUAUGCCACGAACCCAAAGACCGCACCUUCCUCUUGCUGCUGUCCCCAACUGCAGUAACGCAGGUGACCCUGCAGAGCAGAGAUGCAGGUGUGGGUCUGCAGGACUGGCCGGAGCACCGGAGGAUCGACCUGCCUGGUGUGCAGGAGCUGAAGAAGCUGGAUCUGGUCAUUCAGGACAAGGCUCUGUACGUGUGGGAUGCAGGCCGAACAUCUGUGGGGCUGUUCAGAGUGAAGGACUCUGGGGCGUCGCAGCGUGGAACACUCUUCAGCCUGCUGAACAAUAUGCUGACCGCAAUGGCUGUGGACUGGGUCACUCUGAACCUGUACUGGAGCAGCAGCAGUCAGUCUGGCCUCUGGGUCACCUCAGCUAAGGGCACUGAGACCACCCUCAUCCUGCAGGAUGAGGUCAGGAACGCAAGCUCAAUCACGCUGCAGCCUGUGGCCGGCCGGAUGUGCUUCACCAACCGUGUCCAGCUUGGGAGGGUCCAGCUUGAGUGCUCUUAUAUGGAUGGACAGAAGCGGAACGUGGUGUGGGUGGACGCUGUUCAGCCGGUCUCCCUGAGUCUGUCUAAUGAAGAGAACAGGCUGUACUGGGCUGAUACCAGUCUCGGAGUCGUCGCCUCGGUCGGGGUUGAUGGCACUGCGUAUAAGGAGAUAAGAACAGAAGAAGGCUUGGUGACCUUUACUUUGGCCAACAAAGUUCUGGUCUGGAUCACGAGGAGAGGUUCCACGAAAUGCUGGUUCAGUAAUGACCAGCAGGGGGCGAUGCUGUGGUUUGAAGUGAAAGCUGAAAUUGUAGACGUGAAGGCCUUCAGUAAACCCAGUCAGACGGGCAGUAACUCCUGCUCCAUCAGUAACGGAGGCUGUGCUCAGCUGUGUCUGCCGCACCCCGGAGGCCGGACGUGUCUCUGUGGCAGUGCUUUUCUUUCCAUUAAUGAAAUGGGCUGUGCGCCGGACCCCCGCUGCCCCUCAGGAACGCAGCCGUGCGUGAGUGGAGAGGAGUGUGUCCCCCAGGAGAGAUUCUGUGACGGCCGGCCGGACUGCGCUGACCGUUCGGACGAGAUCUGCGUCCAGGACGAAGCUAAACGUAUUGAUGACCCUAAAACAAACCGCUUUCGUCCAGGCUCUGGAUCCCUGCCGGCUGGACCGAGGUCCUUCAACACCACCGUUUUGGUGAAGAAUCCAGGUUCUGAUGUAGACCUUUCUCACGGUCCGAAAUUCCCUCCUCCUGCGACUCCACGCAGUCGGGAUAACGUUUUGGUGAAAAGCCAGGACUCCAAGACUCGUCCCGCUUCUGUCCGCCCCUCCCCCACCGCAAAGGGCUCGGGCAGUGGCGUUAAAGUGGACAGCGUGGACGCGGCGGCGUGUGGCGUGAGGCUCUGUAACGGUAAAGGUGAGUGUGUGUUGCAGGACGGCGCGACCGUGUGCCAGUGCAUGGCUGGGUACAGCGGGCCACACUGUGAGGAGCCGCUGGGGAGCGUUGUCCAGGAGCCGGUCGUUUACGCUGCCGGAGGGCUGUGUGUGGCUGUGAUCGUGCUGGGAGUGACCGUUGGGAUCAUGCAGAAGAGAAAAGCUGCAAAUCAGAGGCAGGCAGGAGCGAGAGAGACCAGAAUGCAAGACCUGGAAAAGAGCGAGUCCGUCCCGGCACCACCAAACAGCAAAGAGUCUGAACAGACUGAGCAGGACGGGGCCUCGGCGGCGGAUUAACCUUCCACACUUCCUGCACUUGAUCAUUAAACAAUAAAGCUUAUUGGAGCAGA